AUGGAGCAACUAGAGCAGAACCAAGCCGCCCUUCGCGAAGAAGUAACCCAGCUGAAAGGUACUGUGGAUGAGAUUAAGGGAGGAAUGGCUCAAAUGUUGAGCUUCAUGAAGGACAUUAAGGAUGAACAGGAGAGAGCUAGGGAAGCUCGGAAUCGGUAUGAGGAGAUGCCAAACGAUGGCAAUCCACUGUUAGGAUAUGUUCGAGGCUUUGACCCUCAUAAGUCAAACACCCACUCAUCAAAGAGAGUUACCAAAACCCAUGAAGAGGGAGAAGCCUCCCAUGAAGGAUUCGUUCCCGCCACUCAGAAAGAGGGGGCGCUUCGCACUGUUCGCAUUCCUGCUAACAACCCACCUAAGGAUGAGGAUUAUGUGGACUUACAAUAUGGUGAGGUAGACGAGCCGAAUCAGGAGUCCCAACAUAAGCAAGCCCAAGCUGAUUCUGAAGAGAGCGCUAGAAAUAGCGGACAAAUCAAGGCGUUGGAAGAAAGGAAGAUGGCUGCUUACGCCAAUGAUCAAAAGCUAAUGAUGCAUUUCUUCCAAGACAGCCUGAGUGGGGCAUCUGUUGAAUGGCCUAUGCCACCUCCGAUUCCCGGAAAAGCUACACCCAAUUUCAAAGCUAAUGAAAGGUGUGAAUUUCACGCCAAUUCUCCUGGACAUACAUUGGAAAAGUGUUGGGCUUUUAGGCACAAGGUUCAGGACUUAAUAGAGUCAGGGGCAAUUGCUUUUGACAAACCUAACGUAAAGACAAACCCUAUGCCUCGCCAUGAUGGCACAGUCAAUGCAAUAGAGGUAGUCACCGAGCAAGAGUUUGUUCAACAACGGAGCUCCCCCAUAGAUGCCCUUAAGAGGUAUCUACUUGCAAAGGGGUUCAUCCUCGAACAUAACGAAGCCUUUAAGACAACCCUGCAAAGACUUGUGAAUCAAGGGGUAGUUCAAUUUAAGGAAUAUCCUGAGGAAGAAUAUGUGGCCAUGCUAGACAGGAAUGAACCAUUGAUGAUACCUAGGCAAGGGGCAAGGAAGACAUUGAUCAUCCCUUGCGCCAAAGCACCGUUGCUGAUACCCACACAAGUACACACUAGGAUCAUCCCGGUCAGAGACCCAUACCCUAUGGACAAAAUGAAAGCAGUCCCUUGGGAAUAUGAGUCCAAUGCUAAUACCGACGUGACAAACAUCGUUGGGCCUGGGGGCAUGACCCGUAGCGGUCGCAUAUUCAAUACUGCGAAACCAAAUGAGAACCUGGCACAAGCAAGUGAUCAAACUACUGUGGUCCCUACUGAAAAAAGCACAUCCAAAGACAAAGAAACCACUAACAAAGAUGCUGAAGAGUUCUUGGCGUUGAUUAAGAAAAGUGAUUAUAAGGUAGUGGACCAGUUGCACCAAACUCCAUCCAGGAUAUCACUCUUCUCGCUGUUAAUACAUUCAGAAAAACAUCGAGACACCCUGAUGAAAAUCUUGAGCGCUGCCCACGUAACUAAGGACAUCACUGUAAACCAAUUCGAUGGAAUGGUGGCUAAUCUCACUGCUGGGGCAUGCCUAAGCUUUAGUGAUCAUGAGCUACCCCCACAAGGGAAAGAGCAUAACAAAGCCUUGCAUAUCUCCAUACAAUGCGGGAAAGCCCGUCUAUCUAGGGUUCUGAUAGACACAGGUUCGUCAUUAAAUGUGAUGCCAAAGGCCACCUUAGACAAGAUAGAUUUGGAAGGACUGGUAAUAAGACCAAGCCGUUUGGUGGUCAAAGCCUUCGAUGGGUCGCAAAGCCCGGUGUUUGGAGAGGUGGACCUCCCUGUGGUAAUAGGCCCCCACACGUUCUGCAUCAAUUUCAAAGUGAUGGAGAUUGAACCUGCCUAUACAUGUUUAUUGGGACGUCCUUGGAUCCAUGCCGCUGGGGCAGUUACCUCUACUCUGCAUCAAAAGGUAAAAUUUGUGGAUGGGAACUCUAUAGUAACCGUCAAUGGGGAGGAGGACAUAUUUGUCAGCAAUCUGGACUCAUACCGAUACAUUGAGGCUGGAGAAAAAGCAUUAGAGACUUCAUUCCAAGCGCUAGAGAUUGCCACUGCUGUCACGCUACCAAUUGAGAAAAUGCGAAGGGCGGUGACAUCCUGGAGAGACCUGCAAGACACAAAGAUGGAAGGCUGGGGCAAAGUUCCAGAAGUGCAAGAGAAAAGUGAUCGUCUGGGGUUAGGAUACCAACCAACAAAGAAGGCUGCACUGGAAGAGCAACGUUUCCCUCCGAUCGCACAAACUUUUGUCACAGGUGGAUAUGAACAUAAAAAUCUGGCCAAAAUAGAGUCACCUCAGCAUAAGUUAUGUAUUAACAUUGAACACUCAAGUUAUGGCAUAAAUGAAAAGAAGUCCAUAAGCAAAACAGGAAGCUCCAAAAGAAGGAGACCUAAACAAGAUGAAGGUCCCAGAAAAGAAGAGUUCAACCCUGCUAUAUGCAAGAACCUAACAAUGAAUAUUGAUGCUCUGGAAGAAGCUGAGACUACUCUCUCAAUAGGUUGUGGGAAUGUCAAAACAGAUGUCUUAACAUCUGAAUGUACGAAAGAAUCAAGUGUGUGCACUGAGAUAAAAUAUGCCUAUGGAAUUGGUAAAGGUUCUUCUUUUAGUAUCCAAAAUAUUCUCCAUAGGGAGAUUAUUGUUAGGAACCAACUACCAGAAGCUGUCAGAAGAUCAAGGGAAUCAUCUACAACUACCUGGAGUAUUCAUAACCUUGACCUAAAUAAGACAAUGAUGGUUCUUCUUAAUGAAAUCUAG